AUGUUUGGACGAUUUGAUGCGUUUAGUUGCCUCGCUUUCUCAUCCGAGUUGCUGCCAACGGAUGUUUAUGAUGGAGAACAAUGGAGUCGUUUGUUGAUGUGGGUUGAAAAUGGCCAAGGGGAGGUCGUUCAGGUACCGAGCCAGGACGAACACCCCUGUGACACCGCAGGCGCGGGAGAAGAAGACGAGGAAGACGAUAUCCUCGCAGCAGGAGAUCGAGGUCAGUCGAGAUCGAGCCGAAGCAGAUGCAAGCAAGGUGCCUAUGCUCCUAGAUAUUUGAUUCUGGAUAGAUCAGUCGGCAGUAACCGUAGUACCGAGGAGGUACCCUUUUGGCAGCCAAGUGUAUCAAAAGGUCCAGAAGAAGACGAAGGAGAAGAAGAGGAGGAAGAAGAAAGGAAGAGAGAUAAAGUCGAAGGAAGUCGGCGAGAGAUGAGGCUAAAGAAGCGAAGAGAAGGCUACGUCAGAGCCAGCAAGAAGGAUGCAAGUCAUGGGCGGCCCAUGGAGACUUCGACAUCAUGGAUGGCAUGCCAUGGCAUCUCUCGGAGAGGGGGGCACGAAAGAGUGGACAAGAGGUCGACGGGGAGACAGCCAGCCAGGCAAGCCGCAGGCGUGAGCAGGCAAGCUUUCCGCGCCCUUGAGCAAGACGAAAGACGAGAGGCCGGGCUGGACGCUAAGGGUGGACGGGGCGUCGAGAGCAGUUAUCCGGCCGUGUGUCUUAACCCUUCAUCUUCUCGUCGACUCCCAUCGUCCACCACCCUGAUUUCCUCUCUUUUCUCCCCCAUCCAGGAACCAAAGCUGCUCGCCCUGGCCCUGACGGGGACCUGGCCUGUUCCUCUCGCUCUGUCUCCUCCAAACGUCGCACAAAGCAUGUGA